CCUGCGCUGCACCUUGUGCCCAGCGUUACCCAGCGCCCAGCAGCCUUAGAGGGGUCUGGUCAGCGCUGUGCCCCCCGCACCGGGGACAUGACGGGCUGGGGAGGGUGGACCUGCAGCCGGGCCGGGACCCAGCUCUUCAGAAUGGGCAAGAGGAAGAGGAGGGAGAGGAUGCUCCAGCAAGGAGCCUUCAUCUGCUGCCUCCUGUUCGCGGUCUGGUGCCUGGCGGGCAUUCUGCAAGGACCAGGACGAGGAAAACCUUCAAGAGACCGCACAACGGCGGCGAACGCCAUCACGUGGAGGAACCGUAAACUGAUGGCAUCAGGCAAUGGAUCCAUUGAGAAGAACUGCACCGAGCCAGCUAUUAACGAGUUUCCAGACGAUUUAUUCACCAUCAAAGAACGGAAGAAAGGAGCCAUCUUGCUGCACAUCUUCUGCGCUCUGUACAUGUUCUAUGCCCUGGCGAUCGUGUGCGAUGACUUCUUUGUUCCAUCCAUGGAGAAGAUCUGUGAGAGGCUGCACCUGAGUGAAGAUGUGGCCGGGGCGACCUUCAUGGCGGCGGGCAGCUCCACUCCUGAGCUAUUCGCCUCUGUCAUUGGAGUUUUUAUCACCCACGGUGAUGUCGGAGUCGGGACCAUUGUUGGUUCAGCUGUAUUUAAUAUUUUAUGUAUAAUUGGUGUAUGUGGAGUAUUCGCUGGGCAGGUCGUGCGUCUGACGUGGUGGUCUUUGUUCCGGGACUCCAUGUACUACAUCUUAGCAAUAAUAGCAUUAAUAAUCUUUAUAUACGAUGAAUAUAUCGUUUGGUGGGAGAGUUUGAUACUGAUCAUCAUGUAUCUGAUUUACAUACUCAUUAUGAAGUAUAAUAUGAAAAUGCAGCAGUUUUUUACCAUCAAACGCAAGAACUUAGGGAACGGCUGCACAAUUGGGAGCGAGCUGCAAGACGGUAAUGUGUGUUGUGACCCGCUGUGUGAUGACCCCACGGUCCCCCUGUUGUGGAAAGGUAAGGUGAGGGGAGAACAGCAUCACCAUGGCCAGAAUUCGGUGGUGAUGGUCGAUGAGAUCAUCUGCUCCAGUCCCCCCAAGUACCGCUUUCCUGAGGCCGGAUUACGCAUCAUGAUCACCAAUAAGUUCCCGCCGAGGACCAGGCUACGGAUGGCGAGCAGGAUCAUAAUUAAUGAGAGGCAGCGACUGCUCCAGUCUGCCAAUGGGGUAAGUUCGAUGACCCUGGAUGGGAAGCAGGAGCUGCUGGAGAAUGGGCUCCUACAUGGAGACAAAGAGGAGUAUCAAGAAGACAACGACGCCACCACUUAUCUGGUGCCCUUUUCUGUACCCAGUGGCUGCGUGAACCGGUUUAAAUGGGCCUUUUCCUGGCCUUUAAUUUGCAUGCUAUACUUUACCAUCCCAAACUGCAGCAAGCCGCGCUGGGAGAACUUCUUCAUGCUGACCUUCAUCCUCUCCACCGUCUGGAUCGCCAUUUUUUCCUACAUCAUGGUCUGGAUGGUGACAGUGAUCGGAUACACCCUGGGGAUACCUGACGUCAUCAUGGGUAUAACAUUCCUGGCAGCCGGCACCAGCGUACCAGACUGUAUGGCCAGCCUGAUUGUAGCCAGACAAGGUCUUGGAGAUAUGGCCGUGUCCAAUACCAUAGGAAGCAAUGUCUUUGACAUCCUGGUUGGACUGGGGGUCCCCUGGGGGUUACAAACAAUGGUCAUUCACUCUGGAUCAACCGUCAAAAUUAACAGCAGAGGCUUACUGUACUCCGUCGUACUGCUGCUGGGAUCUGUGGCCCUCACUGUCAUCGGAGUUCACGUCAAUCAGUGGAAACUGGACAAGAAGCUGGGAUACUACGCCCUGUUCCUGUACUGCAUCUUCUUGUGUUUUUCCGUACUCAUAGAAUUCAACGUCUUCACCUUUGUCAACUUGCCAAUGUGCCAGGAUGACUUCUGAUGGCCAAAGACCACAAGAUCUCCAGUCUCACCUUAUGACCGAGACGUUUCUAUGGAAAAACCGAAAUUCUCCAGGCUGCGGAGUCCGGGAAAAGGCGAUUCCUAGAAUGUACCCGGAAGAUGAAGUCAACCAGCGUCGAGGUAGAUGGACGUGAAAUGUCCAGCUGAGGUUGCAUCUUCCGAUGAAGUGUAAAUUGCUGCUGAUUUCUAUUUUAUUAAAGUCAAUAGGACAUUUCCUUCAGGUCGUCUUGAAGACGAUGGGACCAGAUUCUCCUUCCAUUGAUUGGUGCACUGUAUGCCCAUGCUGUAUUAUUAGCGAUAAUUAUCUGGCAGUGCUGCUGCGGAUUGCAUGCAAAAUCAUCUUUUUCUAUGUGGUACUAUUUAUCUAUUUGCUACAACUGCAAACCCGAUGGACCUCCAUGAUUUCAGGGAUCUGACGUGAAAUUGGCGUAAUUUGGUAAUAUGCGAAGCUAUGGGAAGUGACCGAUCGUCCACAAGGAGAAAGCACAUUUAACUUUUUUUUUUUGUAUGAUUGGACAGGAAGUUAUUGGAAACUUAAAAAAUGCACAAAUGAGACUUUCAGAAUCGUUUCCUAGAACUUCUUUGUAAUUGUGCUCGAUAUUUGAUAACAAAAUGUCUAUAAAAAUUG